CGGCGGUGUCAUCGAGCUGGUUAUCAAUUUCGUUCCGCGUUUCUAUCAGACGAAGACGUCCCUCUGCAUAAUUUCAGUUUCGGUUGAAUCAUUCUUGCACAACAACAAGGUUCCGUAAGGAGGAAGUCUUCUUCGUAAGCGGCGGCAGACGUUUCUGGUACUAUGUCGCUGACCGGACUAUGACAGCCCCCCCGACGUGACGCCAUGCCUCUGCUCAUCAAGAACAGAGAGUUCGACCGACCCAGCACCACGGGGGAGCUGUUCGACAGAUGCCCCCACCUGCAGGAGAAUGCUAAAGCGUUUUGUUCCAAACCACUUGUUGACGUGGACGUCAAGUGCCUCUUGUAUGUCCAGCAGAGAGAGUAUGCAGCCACAGUACCGUCUGAUCAUGCUGUCUCUGUCCUCGGAUCUGAUGAUGCCACCACCUGCCACUUAGUGGUGGUGCGACACACAGGCAGCGGAGCCGUUUGCCUCGCUCAUUGUGACGGCUCUAGCACCUGGAGCGAAGUCCCCCUUAUUGUGCGAGCUGUCACGUCCCUCUCCCACCGUAGCAAGGAGGGCAGACUGGAGCUCCACCUGGUGGGGGGGUUCAACGACGAGUCAAAGACCUCCCAGAAGCUCAGCCUUAGCCUAAUGGCCACGUUCCACAAGCAGAAAGAGGUCAUUCAUCUAGAGACAUGCUGCAUUACAGAGAUGAACGACGUGAUGGUGGAAGGAACCCAUCGCCCCGUGGUCUAUGGAAUAGGGGUGAACGUGAACACGGGGGAGCUGUUCCCCGCCUCCUUCCCUCAGAAAGGCCCCGCGGAGGAGCUGCGCUCCGCUCGGACCUUCACCGGAGGACAGAUGGUUGACAUCUACGACUCGAGUCGCGGCGUGGUGAAGGUCGGUCCGUGUAGGUGGUCCGGAGAUCUGGACAUCGACUUCUGGAUGUCCCAGAGCGACGACACCAUCCUGAAGUUCCUGUCCACCUCGCCCACGGCGGAGCCGCCCCACUUUGUGCAGCACAUGAAGUCCACCAUUGCCUUCCUGCUGCGCCACCCCAGCGCUGACGCCCUGUUCCCGGGCGGACUGCCGCAGCGCUACAGCCGCACGGCGCAGGGGGCCUGGGCGCAGUGCCCCCCCGAGUGACGCCCCGACACCCACCCACAAACCCCUUCUGCUGGAGAACCCCGUCUCGGGAUCAGGACAGUGUUGCCUCUUCGCUCUCUGAAGACACUGUGACCUCUGACCUCCCCCCCUGAAUGCCAUGUCUCAGUCUUUUGUGUUUCUUUGUGUUUUUAUAAAUAUUGUUCUUGCUGUUGGAGUGGAACUCAAUGAAAGACUUGGUACGUACGUGUCGGUACGUACGUGUCGGUACGUACGUGUCGGUACGUGCGUGUCGGUACGUGCGUGUCGGUACGUGCGUGUCGGUACGUGCGUGUCGGUACGUGCGUGUCGGUACGUGCGUGUCGGUACGUGCGUUGUUUCGGUGCGACUAAUAUGGAGUUUUAAGGUUUCACUGGCCGGCUCCAGUGCAGAGAGUUAAAAUGACAAAAGCCUAAUGUCUGCAGUCCCGAUGCCAUCGCAAUAAAAGUCUUACUGUAUCUGUUCAGUUGUUGCCGAUUUGUUUUCGGAUAUAUUGAGUAUAUCAAGACAAUAUCUACAUUCCCCCAAAUUGUUGCUGGGAUCUGAAUACUCAGUAUAGUUACUGACUGCUUUAUAACUUUGCAUAAAUAAGCAAAUCAUGACAGUUAAACCACAGCUAUGUAGGUAUAACUGCAAAUCGUGACAACGUAAAUAUAUAUAUGGCCUGUUAAGCCCUUUGAUACUACCUGUGAGGGCUUUACAAAUAAA